CUGAUAUAAACAAACCUGAGUUGCAUUUCUGUUCAGAGUUGUGCCGAACACAGUGCCGCGGGGUCCGACACACCGAGACGCUGCGAAACUCUCGAAAAAAAUUUGGCCGAACGGAUUUGGGUUGGAUUAAUCCGUCUCCUCGCAUUCGGAGGACUAGAGCAGUUUCCGAGAGUUCUUCUACGUCGACGACGAAUAGAAGAGAAUAUUUUUGAACAGGAAACACAGUAGCUAGUUAGUCUGAUACGUAUUCGAACGAUAGACAGAGAUUUUUAAAAAUGGGCUACGACGACGUGAUUCAGCACAUGGGCGACUUUGGCCGGUAUCAAAGGAGGAUAUAUUUCCUCUUAUGCCUACCAGCAAUAUCGUGUGCAUUCCAUAAAAUGGGAGGAGUUUUCUUAACGGCUAAAACAGAUUUUCGGUGUGCACUACCAAACGAAAUUACGACGAACUCCACUUUCCUUCUACCACCGGAAAUCUCUAAUCUCAGCUAUCCGUGGAACUAUGAAACGAAUACCUGGUCGCAGUGCGAAAGAUUUGAUCGAGAUUUUAAGGAUUCUAACUCGUUUACUGCGGAUAAAAAUCUAUCGCUUGCUGUGCCUCCGACCGUUACCUGCUAUUCUUUCGUCUAUGAUAAAAGCACUUACGCGCUAACGGCCACCACCGAGUGGAAUCUGGUUUGCGACAAAGCUUGGCUCCGAGCCCUCGGAGAUUCGCUUUUCAUGGUCGGAGUGAUGCUGGGAUCGAUGAUUUUCGGUGGAAUGUCAGACAAAUACGGACGCAGGGUGGCAUUUUUUUCGGCAUUGAUAACCCAGCUGGUCGGUGGUGUCCUUGUUGCGGUAUCACCGGAGUACAUAUCGUACAUGAUUUUUAGAUUGAUUGUCGGGUCAACAACCAGCGGGGUAUUUCUGGUCGCUUACGUGAUCGCGCUCGAAAUGGUUGGUCCAAAAAAAAGACUCGUGGCUGGGAUGGGUUGUCAGCUAUUUUUUUCGUCAGGAUACAUCCUUGUCGCUGGAUUGGCUUAUUAUUUCACAAACUGGAGGACCUUGCAGAUCGUCUUCACCAUCCCAAGUGUUGUGUUUCUCGCUUACUGGUGGUUUAUCCCUGAGUCUGCAAGAUGGUUGUUGACCCAGGGACAAGCUCGAAGAGCGAAGGAAUUGCUGCAGAAGGCAUCUUUGGAGAAUGGUGUGGAGUUGUCCAUGAAUACUGUGGAAUGUUUGUUGAGUAUGGGUAGUGACGGGAAACCAACGGAAACCAAGCAGGCGUCGUUCGCCGAUCUUUUCCGGUACCCGACUUUGCGGAAGAAGAGCCUGCUACUAUUUCUCGUUUGGUUCGUCAACAGCAGUACGUAUUACGGACUAUCUUGGAAUACCUCUAAUUUGGUUGGUGACGAGUACGUAAAUUUCGCAAUCGCUGCUGCCGUCGAAGUGCCAGCUUACCUGUUUAUACUGUUCACAUUGGACAGAUGGGGAAGAAAAAUUAUCCUCUGCGGAUGCAUGAUGCUCUCCGGUGCGGCAUUAAUUUCAACUUGGAUGAUUCCAACAGAUAUGCCGUGGUUGGUCGUCACUUUUGCGAUGGUCGGAAAAAUGGCAAUCACUUCUUCGUACGGAGCGGUGUACGUUUUCGCCGCCGAGCAAUUUCCUACUUCAAUUAGAAAUGUCGGACUCGGAGCUUGUUCCACUUCGGCAAGAUUUGGCGGAAUUCUAGCACCUUACAUAAAUCAUCUGGCUGAAGUUUGGCAACACAUGCCACUGGUGAUAUUUGGAUUCUCUUCUUUGAUUGUUGGUCUGUUAUCGUUGUUCCUUCCGGAAACGUUGAAUACCAAAUUACCGGAAACCGUACAAGACGUUGAAAAUUUUGCAAAAAGCGGCAGGAUAUUCGAUCAAGACAUCGAAAGAUUGGAUGACGAUGCUGCCAAGCCAUUGGCAAAACUGAUAAAUGGAGCGAGCAAUAAACAAAGUCAAGUUUAUUGAUUAACGAUGUUCCGUUGAUUGUUGUUGAAAAACGGAUAAAAAUCGAACUCUCAAAUACCUCAGAACGGCAGCUACGUUGCAAGACUAAAUUUUAAAUACUUGACUGAUGUGUUACCUUGGAUGGGAUACCUUCCAGUGUCCGUAACGCGCGAUGUGCAAAAAUCCCACCACUAGGAAAUUAACACAAUGAUAUUUUCACUUGUGAUCAUAUUCACCGAGCAUUCCUACACUUGAGAAUUUGUUGGAGGGCUGCCUCAAUGGUUCCAAUGAGGUGAAAAUCGUUGGUGACCACGACCACAAUGGCAGAUACCGAAUGUGAAGUUUGUAAAAAUUUCUGUACCGAAAACUUAAGACUGUACGAUCAUAAACCAUAUUAUACAUUAAAGUUCACUGUUUUUAUAUCAGUCACUGUCCGUGAUUGUUCAAA